UGAGGUGUAUUUCAGCUGUAAUGCGGUCAGAGACCUCCGUGUGAUCGACUGUCCCACUCCGAACAGAACCAAGAAGCCGACCGCUGUGACGCGCUGCAUGUGCCCGCUGUACGACCCCAACAGGCAGAAGUGGAUCGAGCUGCAGCCGAUGAGCCUGGCCCGUCUGGGCCACGGUGUGGUCGCCGCCGAGGGCUUCCUGUUUGUGAUGGGGGGAACAGAUGAAAACGGCACGAUCCUGGACACUGGAGAGAAAUACGACCCGGACUCCAACUCCUGGAGCCCCAUCCCCCCGAUGCUGCAGCCUCGUCAGAACUUCGGCGUGGUGGAGGUGGAUGGGCUGAUCUACGUGCUGGGAGGAGAAACCGAAGACCUGGCGCUGACCGCGGUGGAGGUUUUCGACCCGCAUUUCAGCACCUGGAAGAUGCAGGCGAGCAUGACGAUGAUGCGGAAGGUGGGAUGCUACGCCUCGAUGAAUAAGAAGAUCUACGCCAUCGGCGGCGGCUCCUACGGAAAACUCUUUGACUCUGUGGAAAGCUUUGACCCGAAAACCCAGCAGUGGACGUGCCUGUGUCCCCUGAAGGAGAGACGGUUCGGCUCGGUGGCCUGCGGCGUCGGUCAGGAGCUCUACGUGUUUGGCGGAGUCAGAAGCCAAGAGUGCGAAAACCCCGAGCAAAGACAGAUGAUGACCUGCAAGUCCGAGUUCUACCACGACGAGAUGAGAAGGUGGAUGUUCCUUGACGAUCAGAACCUGUGCAUCCCGGCCAGCUCCUCCUUCGUCUACGGGGCGGUUCCGAUCGGGGCCAGCAUCUACGUGGUGGGAGACCUGGACACGGGGACGAGCUUCGACUACAUCCGGGAGUUUCGGCGCAGCACCGGGACGUGGUUCCGCACCAAGCCCAUGUUCCCCAGCGACCUCUCCAAAACGGCCUGCGCCGCCCUACGCAUCGCCAACUGUCGCCUGUUCCGCCUCCAGCUGACCCAGGGCAUGUUCCCCAUCAGGUUGUGAUUCCUGGCACCCCACGGCUCACUGCUGCCCCCUGCCUCCUGAUGAGGGUUAGAGCGUCACAGGAAACUACGCGUUGGGGAUCGUGGACCUUUACCGUUUAACUUGACAAGACUAAAACUCAUCAAAAGAAGUUUUUCAUGGUGAAGGUUUUUUUCUCCUUUUUUUUUUUUUUAGGAAUUUUUUAAUAUUUUCUAUUUAACUUGGGACUUUAUCUUUCUGUUCUUUACAUUUGUUUUACAUUUACUAAUGGGUCGGGGAGAGAUUGAACACUAAUAUCUAAAAAAUUAUGAUGCUCACUUAAUUUAGAGGAGAUUUUUAAGGAACUUUCACCUGCAGCACAGGUCAUCUUUUAGGAUUUAAGUGAUAUUCCUAAAAUGAUUCACAUAUUUGAUGGUAAACACUUUUAAACUAAAUGUUAACAUUUAUUUAAUUUGUUCUGGCUGAGGCUUGUUAAACUGGGCUGGAGAUUUAAAGGUUGUGGUGCUUUUAUUUUUAUAUGAAAUAUUUUAAAGUGAUGCUUUUAAUGCAGAUUCACUCCAAAAAUCCAGAGAAUCACAAAAUGUUGAGUCACUGGUUGCUAUGGCGAUUUCCCGCCUUUCCCAGAGAGCAGAGGAUGCCAAAUUUAACCCUCAAACAAAAGGCCACUGUAUAAAAACUACGUGGUGUCAAAAUCAAUCAUGAUCCAUGAAUAUCAGAACCUUCUGGUGGAUAAAUUUGUACAUUUCUAUAAAUCUACAAGGUUUUAAAAAGAAGACAUGGGAAAUUAAAAAGAGAGCACAAAGAUAACGGGAGUGAAUGAGUGGUUUAAUGCGAGUUCUGUGUGUUUUGGGGGAAUUUGACAGAAAAUUGUAAUUCCUACAACAAUGAGAGACACACUGGAGAAAGUAGAAUGAAAUAUUUACGUUUCGAUAUAUAAACUGUACAUGUGGAGACAAAUCUGUAGAUGUAAAAGUGGUUUGAAUAAAAAAACUUCAGGAUAGGAAUUCAGCCAAGCCUGAUUUUAAAUAACGUAUCAUUUUAUUUAUUGAUUAUGAGGCUUUUUUUUUUUCAUUUCGAAUCUAUAUUCUUUCUUACUUGAGCUGCUGAUUUAGGACAGUUUUGUGAUUUGAACCCAGCUUUAUUCUAUCAGGAUUACAUUCUUUUGUGGAGAGAAAAUGUACCUGCCUCAAAGAUAUGUGGAGAUGUGAGGCACUUUUGAAAGAAAUUGAUGGAUUCCCAAAAUAUCUCGAUGAUAAAUUUGUUUACGAAGGAAACACGUUUAUCCAAAGUGUUUAAAUGUGGGUAUUUUUUUAUUUGUGAAAGUGUUGGUGCUUCCUGCAGAUAAAAUGACGCUGUUUCCAGAUGAUGCAUCCGGACAA